GAAGAGGAGGAGGAGGCCGCAGAGAGGCAGCAGCGGCAGAGGCAGCAGAGGCAUCAGCAGGCGAGGCGAUGGCUCCUGCGGGCGGCGGGGGCUCGAGGGCGGGCAAGAUGGCGCCGUCGCACGUCCUGAAGUGCUGCCAGAAGGUGCUGGCCUGGGUCCCCGUGGCCUUCAUCGCCCUGGUCGUGGCCUGGUCCUACUACGCCUACGUGGUCGAGCUCUGCCUCUUUACUAUUACCUCAACUGGAGAAAAAGUUGUCUACCUUGUGAUUUUUCAUCUGUCGUUUGUCAUGUUUGUGUGGUCCUAUUGGAAGACUAUUUUUACAUCUCCCGCCUCUCCUUCCAGUGAGUUCUGUUUAUCGAAAACGGAUAAGGAGCAAUAUGAAAAAGAAGAGAGACCAGAAUCCCAACAGGAAAUCUUACGAAGAGCUGCUAAAGACUUGCCUGUGUAUACUACAACAACAUCAAGAGCCAUAAGAUACUGCGAUAGAUGCCAAUUAAUCAAGCCCGAUCGGUGUCACCACUGUUCUGCCUGUGAUCUAUGUGUUCUGAAAAUGGAUCAUCAUUGUCCAUGGGUGAAUAACUGCGUGGGAUUUUCCAACUACAAAUUUUUUCUCCUGUUUUUAUUAUAUUCCCUCCUAUAUUGUCUAUUUGUUGCUGCUACAGUUCUGCAAUAUUUUAUAAAGUUUUGGACACUUUGCCGCAGGAAAUCUGCUGAGAAUUGUCCAAAGAAUGAACUCUUAGACACACGUGCAAAGUUCCACGUUCUCUUCCUUUUCUUUGUGGCAGCCAUGUUCUUUAUCAGCAUACUAUCAUUGUUUAGCUACCACUGUUGGCUAGUUGGCAAAAACAGAUCAACAAUAGAAGCCUUCCGGGCACCGAUGUUUCGGAACGGACCUGAUAAAAAUGGUUUUUCACUUGGAUGCAGCAAAAACCUGAAAGAAGUUUUUGGAGAUGAGAAAAAGUACUGGUUGCUACCCAUUUUUACAAGUUUAGGAGAUGGCUGCAACUUCCCAACGCGUCUGGUGAUCAUGGAUCCAGAGCAACUUACUGUAUCAAGCCAAAACGAACCUGCCAAAAGCUCUGGUCCCAGUCAGCCAUUUCCUACUCGGCCACUCAGUGAAUCCCAAAAUCGACUGCUAGCAAAUGACAACCAGUGGGCGGAAGCCAGUUCAGAAGACGAAAAUGUUAAAUCAGGUGUAAAAAAGCAUAUUGUAGUUUCACUGGAGAGCUGAUCUUGGUUUCAUUGUCCAUCCUUCUUAUUGUUGGGGAAAACGGUUUCUACAAUAUGUUUGUGCUUGGAUAUUAAUUUUGUAAGGAAGACACUGAUAUAUCAAUGGAACAGUGCCAGCAUGUUAACAGGAUAUGAAAAAAUGAAAUUCUUGAUCGUAUCCAAUGGAUGCUUAUAAGCACUUGCAGAGUGGGACAUUUAAUGCCUUAAGAUUCUUGAUGUGCAUUUUUGUAACACAGACUUAUGCCACUACAAGGGCCAAAUCCAGAAAUGCCCUGCAAGGGCGGGCAAGACUCCAAGAGUGUAAAAACUAUGCAUUCCGGCUGCACUGUGGUGGAGGGGACUGAUUCUGCAAAGUUCAUGGGAGAUAAUGGUGCCAUAGGAGUGAGGUGGGGGAAUAGAGUUCAGCCACUGAAAUGCACAGUACAGUUCGAUGUGGCCGAAACUCCACCAGGUGGAUUAGCAGCAUGAUGUCUUUUUGUUUUCUA